AAUAAGGUUACAAAUUGGGGCAAACCUAACAUAGACGAGUACUUUUCCUUUCCUAGUUUCUUUUGUUUCUCCUAAGAACCCUUACGAGCCCUAGCAACUCGCCGACCAGUUUUCCGUCUGCCUGAAGCCACCGUUCAUCUCAGGUAUUUUUGCUUUAAGUAAUAAAUGGAUCCUAGUGAAAACGGGCUAACUCAAGUUACUCCCGCUCAUAGUGGUUUUGAGAAUGAAAUAGGUGGUAUGGAUGACCGAGAUGAUGAAAACAAUUCCAGAAAAAGAAGAUCUAGUUCUAAGUAUAGCUCCUAUGACUAUGAGGAUGAAAAGGAAUCUUCAAGAAGCAAGGAUAAGGAGAGGGAGAAAGGGAAGGAUAGAGAUAAGGAUCGGGAAAAGGAUCGUGAUCGUCACCAUCGAGAUCGGAGUGAGAGGCGGAGGACCAGAGAUAGAGAUGAUGAUGUUGACGAUUAUCAUCAUAGAAAUCGGGAUUACGACAGGCACAAAGAUUAUGACAGAGAUAGAGAUGAGAGGCACAGACAUAGGUCAAAAUCUUAUGACAGGGAGAGAGAGGAAAGACAUAGACACGGGUCUAAAUCCUAUGACAGAGAGGAAAGGCAUGGACACAGAUCUCACUCAAGGGGAAGAUCUGGGCAUAGAUCAACAUCACGAUCUCGCUCCCGGUCUCGUUCACGCUCCAAAAGCAAAAGGAUCAGUGGCUUUGACAUGGCACCUCCUGCAUCUGCUCUAUUAAGUGUUGUUCCUGGUGUUGCUGGCCAACUUCCCAGCACCGCCCCAGUCAUUCCUGGAAUACUUCCUAACAUGUUCCCAUUGGCAUCUGGACAGCAGCUAGGAGCUCUUCCUGUUAUGCCAUUCCAGGCAAUGACUCAGCAGGCAACUAGACAUGCACGCCGAGUUUACGUUGGUGGACUUCCUCCAAGUGCAAAUGAGCAGUCUGUGGCAACCUACUUUAAUCACGUGAUGUCUGCAAUUAGUGGGAACACUGCUGGUCCAGGAGAUGCUGUCGUUAAUGUUUAUAUAAAUUAUGAGAAGAAGUUUGCUUUUGUUGAGAUGAGAUCUGUGGAGGAAGCUAGUAAUGCUAUGGCCUUAGACGGCAUCAUCUUUGAGGGAACAGCGGUUAAGAUUAGAAGACCAACUGACUAUAAUCCUUCCCUGGCUGCCGCUCUUGGUCCCAGCGAACCAAAUCCAAACCUGAACCUUGCUGCCGUAGGAUUAUCACCAGGUUCUGCUGGUGGGCUUGAGGGUCCUGAUCGUAUAUUUGUCGGUGGUCUUCCUUAUUAUUUCACUGAAGCACAGAUUAGGGAGUUGCUGGAGUCAUUUGGUCCUCUCCGGGGUUUUAACCUGGUCAAAGAUAGAGAAACCGGAAACUCAAAAGGCUAUGCCUUCUGCGUCUACCAGGAUGUAUCAGUUACAGACAUUGCUUGUGCCGCUCUUAAUGGCAUUAAGAUGGGCGAUAAAACUCUUACUGUCAGGCGUGCAAGCCAAGGUACUUCAGAGCCUAAACCCGAGCAGGAGAGUGUUUUAAUGCAUGUUCAACAACAAAUAGCAAUACAGCGACUCAUGUUACAACCUGGUGGACUACCUACAAAAAUCUUGUGCCUAACACAUGUGGUUAGUGCCGAUGAGCUGAAAGACGAUGAAGAUUAUGAAGAUAUAAUGGAAGAUAUGAGAACUGAAUGUGGAAAGUUUGGUAAUUUGGUGAAUUUAGUGAUUCCACGACCAAGGCCCGAUGGUGAACCAAUUCCAGGGGUUGGAAAGGUGUUUUUGGAGUAUGCUGAUGUGGAAAGUGCUUCAAGAGCUCAACAAGGGUUGAAUGGCAGAAAAUUCGGUGGAAAUCAAGUUAUUGCUGUCUUUUAUUCAGAGAACAAGUUUUUUGAGGGGGACUAUGAGAGCUAGUCGUGUGCUCUGGAUUGGCAGUUGCGCACAGUCAAAUGAUGUGUUGUACUAAAUGACAGAUACUUCCAGUUCUUGCUUGUGAUCUAGUUCCAGCCAUCAUGACGAGAGCGAAUGAGUGAUUCUGAAUAUAAAUUUCCUUGGAGAUGUGACUGACUAUAGUGGAUGCCAACAAUUGUAAUAGAAUAGAUAUAGAACUAGCAAGGAAGUACCAUAUGCUUUAUCUAAACACACUCGAAAUUUUGGUUGUC